ACCCGUCUUGUUUUUCUGCUCGACCACAAAAGUUUGGGAGCAAUAUUUUUAAAAAAAUCAAAAGAACCAUUUCCGUUUCGUGUUUUUAUUUUCAGGCUAAAUAACAAUUCUCGUACUCAUCUGUGAACGUGAACCAAUACUAACUGUCAGAUUCAAUCUAAAAUCACCACGUGCGGACGGUACCAUGGCUACCUACGGUUAAUCCAAGUGAAUAUCGACAACAGGUAAGCUGGAAUCUAACACCAUGGCUAGGAUCCAUAGGACGGUUGUGAAACGUAAAGUGGAUCACUGUACGUACGUACAGCAAUUAUUUCAGAAAUUUUUAUCGCGAAACCGUCCAGAAGCAGCAAAGAUUCCGAAAGUCGUUCCAAAACCCAUGCAACCGAAACUGCAGCGCUUUUACGUUGGUGGUGGUACCGAUUCGGGAAACAAUCUGUUUAUGCAGGAGGUCUUAAAAAAUCUUCACAAAGCUCAAGGCAUUUCGAAGGAAACCAAUCCGGUGAAAAGAUUUUUCGAACGUCCAGCACCAGAGAGAGUACCUCCAAUCGGUAAGGAUCGAUCGGAUCGUCCGGUUUAUGCUAGAUUCAAAAGACAAAAUGGUACGAAUCAGUUCGUGAGGUGCGAACCGAGCCCAAGUAUCCCGCCUGUCGGUUUCAUACAGUGGCUGGAAAAGUCUAAACAGGCACAAAACCAAAACAAGCUAACAGCCGCCGACAAGCGCAAAAAUGUUGAAUAUCUGAAUUUACCAAGUAAUUUUCUAUCCGGGAGAGAGUUUAUGAAGUUACCUUUUGAAAUACCUGCCGAUCAAACCUUGGCUAGUGUCGGAUCAAGGUUUGUCCCGCCAGCUACUUCUACUCCGUUCGAUGGACAACCCAUUCCUAGUUCGGCCAUCAUUUCUGAUCCGGAUGAAUUAGUUCCGGCCGAAACACGACCAAGCGAAUCUGUUCAUUGUGCAGAAUUUCUUCGAGAAGUUUCGUGUGCCAUGGAAAAAAUAUGUUCUGUUACUUGUGAAUCCUUAAAACGAGGACAUGAAGACACCCCAUUGGAUUGUAACUUUCGGGAGCUGAAAAAUCUCCGAACGAAAAAUCUGGAGAUUUACGAAAGUUUCAUGGAACGUAGCAGCUGGGAGGAACAUUCGUACAUCAGCAAUCAAAUGCACCAUCAACAUCGAAAACUAGGCCCAUCUCCGUCACUAUUCAGCCACACUAACGGUGAACUGAAUGACAGAAAUUCUACUGAAAUCAAGAUACAGUUAGGUUGUGACCGUGGCGAUUCGUUGAACUUGUGCACUGGAAAUGCAACGGCCGGUUCUUUGCCGGUGGACAAUUUCGCGGAAUUUACAACUCAAAAUCUAACUAGUUGGUUGCUAACCGCUUCUCCGCCGUCACCCAAUCGACGAAUACAGUGCAAUAUGAAGAAAAGCAGCACCGGAAAGUGGAAUCUACUUUUAAAUUUACCACUCCAAAGUGGAUCACAAACGGUUCCUUUCAACUUCAUGACAAUCCACACGACAAAACGUGUGAUUUUUUGUCGUCUUUCAAUCAGAAAGAAAACAAAGAUAAUGUUACUUUUGAGGAAUUAUUCAGAUCAACAGGUACAGCAAUACGGUGCGAUUUGAAAAAAACGCUAGCGCUCGAAGAAAGACAGCACCGGAAAGGAGAACCAAACUUUUCAUUGUGUUUUGACGAACCUAGUGCAAAGCGCAAAUCUAAUUGUGGAACCGAAUUUGCAUUUACUACUCCGAAGCCGAUCAGCGGCCACUUGAACACGAACAAUUCCACAGCGUUUCUUUCCCAGAACACCAUCACCAGCGGUUCUUUUCAAUUUGAUGACAAUCCACACGGCAGUACGUUUGAUUUUUUGUGGUCUUUCAAUAAGAAAAAAACCAUUGAUGUUACUUUUGAGGAAUUAUUCGGGAGUCCCGUACUACCAUCCGCAGACAGAGGGGCAACAUCAACAAGUUUUCUAGAUUUUUCACUCUAAAACAAACACAAUAUAUUUAACCAACAAUC